UGGCAGGUUAUCCCAUUCGAUCUUUAUGAUAAAUAUAAAAAACAACAAUUGACUUGUAUUUGUCAUCAAUGAGAAGACUGAAUAUUUAUGGGAGAUGGCAACUUAAUUUGGUGUGGGAGAGGGGUUAUCUAUUUUGAAGGCAAAACAAAGAGGUUUAUUUGAAUUCAUUUCAGUUUCUUAAAAAUGGUUCUAAAACUACAUAACUCAGCUGCAGCAAUGUAUGAGAGCAAUCAUAUGGAAAUGUUAAUCUCGCCAUCGAAAGAAGCAGAUGGUUUUGGAGAAGCAAUAUUAGGGUCAGAUCUCAUAAGAAGUGAAUUGGGAGCUUAUGGAGAAAAGCUUUUAGGAUCAAGCUCAGCUUAUUUGCAUACCAAUGUAACUCUCCAUUAUCACAACGUUAACAGGUAUUUGUCCAAUCCUAAGUAUUAUUUCCAAGUGAAUGAUCAGUAUGUCAUGAACAAGUUGAAGAUAAUCUUGUUCCCAUUUCUACAUAAGGGACAUUGGAUUAGAAGCAGUGAGAAGGUUGGUGGUGAAUUUUGUUUCAAGCCUCCAAUUUAUGAUAUUAAUGCUCCUGAUUUGUACAUUCCAUUCAUGGCUUUUGGUACCUACUUGGUUCUUGUUGGCUUCUUUUUGGGCAUCAAUGGCAAGUUUAGCCCCGAAGCUUUAAACGUGCAAUUGACAAACGGUCUACUUUGUUGGUUAUUCCAAAUUCUCCUCCUUGAAGCAACAAUACAUACAUUAGGCGACGGUUAUGUGCCCUUACUUGAUGUUGUCGCGUAUAGUGGAUACACUUUUGCGACGGGGUCGGUGGUCGUAUUGGCAAGGUUCGCUUGUAGAUACUGCUUUUAUACGGUGACGAUAUGGGAAUGCUUUUGUAUGGGAAUGUUCUUCGUGAAGAUAUUGAAAAGGAUUCUGAUUGCAGAGAUGAGAAGCUUUGAGAAACACUCUAGCAAGCGUCACUAUAUCUUGCUUCUUGUUGCUAUUGCUCAAAUGCCAUUGCUCUUUUGGCUUGGCUAUGUUGAUGGUGUUUGAACUUUUCCUCGCAAAAGCUUUUUAGUAAACCUAAAUUUGUUUUAAUAUUAAGCUAAUGGUGUUAAAGAUUAA